UCUCAGGCAAAAUCCCCUCUUCCUUAUGCCACCAAGGUGCCUGGAAGGUCAUGCCAUUGCUCUGAGAUCUUGUGUGGACGAGAUAUAGGAAUGCUGAGCUCCAUUAUCCCACGUACAUAUGCCUGUACACACAUGCAGGGGUUUGUAAUUUGAAACCAUCUUAAUUUCUGGACAGGCUUUGCAAACUGCUUGGACCACAUUCUCUCAGGUGUUUAAAGAAGGUGGAGUGUGGAGUAUUUAUUAGGUGCUCUGUAAACCCUAAUAAGAAUAGAGCGCUUGUAGCAAUCUCGAAGAGCAAACACGAAGCCAGCUGCUCGCAACUGAACUGUGCCACCACGUUUUGAUUGCUUCUGGUCCCAGAAGCCAGAUUACAACUAGACCAAAAAUGGCUUUUUUAACAUCAUUCAUUUGUGAUCCUGCACUAAUUUGUCUGCUGUGUGCGCUUGUAUUAUUAGGGGCUCUCUAUUUUUCAACUGGCUCUAACAAUUCAGCGUAUAAACUGCCGCCUGGUCCAUCUCCUCUUCCGAUCAUUGGCAACCUGCAUUUGCUGGAUAUUAGAAGGCAAGAUAAGUCGCUAAUGAAGCUUGGAGAAGAAUAUGGGCCGGUGUUCACCCUCCACUUUGGGUUCCAGAAAGUCGUGGUCCUGACUGGGUAUGAAGCUGUAAAGGAGGCGCUGGUGAACUUCCCAGAGGAAUUUGUAGACAGACCUGCUAUCCCAAUAUUUGAAGAAAUUCAGCACGGAAAUGGUACUGGUCCUUGGAGAAAUAAUGGUGUGUUCUUUUCUACUGGGGAGCUAUGGAGAACAACGCGGAGGUUCACCAUGUCCACCAUGCGCAAUCUUGGCAUGGGGAAGCAACUGAUGGAGGAAAGGAUCUUUGAAGAGCUUCACUUCCUCACCGAGAUGAUCAAAUCCCACCGAGGCGAACCUUUCAGCCUAAGAUCAUUUAACAUUGCUCCAACCAACAUCAUCUUUCUUAUGCUGUUUGGGGAGAGGUUUGACUACAAAGACCCAAUGUUUCUCUCUCUGUUGAGACUCAUAGACGAAGUUAUGAACCUUCUUGGCUCUCCAUACUUGCAAUUUUUUAAUUUCUACCCACUCCUUGGGUUUUUUUUAAAAACCCACAAGAUUUUGCUGAGAAGAAUAGAAGAUGUGCGCAUCAUUUUAAGGAAUUACAUCAAGGCAAGCAAGCAAGACAUCAAUGAGAACAACAUAAGGAGCUACAUUGAUGCCAUGGUGUUCAAACAGGAAGAGGAGAAGAACAAGAAGGAGAGCCCCUUCCAUGAUGAAAACUUGGUGGCCUCCAUACUCGACCUGGUGAUGGCUGGCACUGAGACGACUGCCACAACAUUGCAGUGGACCAUCCUUCUGAUGAUGAAAUACCCAGAGAUUCAAAAAAAGGUGCAAGAGGAGAUUGGAAGAGUUGUUGAACCAGGAAGUCGGGCCACAUAUGAAGACCGGAGAAGGAUGCCCUUCACUAAUGCAGUGAUACAUGAGGUGCAGAGGUUUAUCACCCUCCUGCCACACGUCCCACGGUGCACAGCUGUAGACACACAUUUCAGAGGCUACUUGCUCCCCAAGGGAACAACUGUGAUCCCUUCGCUCACUUCUGUGCUGCUGGAUAAAACUCAGUGGGAGACACCAUAUGAGUUCAAUCCCAACCACUUCCUUGACGCCAAUGGGAAGUUUGUAAAGAAGGACGCUUUUCUGGCUUUCUCCUCAGGGCGCAGAAACUGCAUUGGCGAAAGUCUUGCCAAGAUGGAGCUGUUCCUGUUCUUUGUAGGGCUGCUGCAGACCUUCACUUUCCGAGCCCCACCAGGAGUCUCAGAAUCGGAUUUGGACCUCACCGUUCCCGAGACCACGUUCACCCUCAGGCCGCGGCCUCAGUCCACGCGGGCAGUCCUGCGCAAGUGAAUGGGGUGCUGGUCAGGGGUCGUUUCAUUGUGUCCACCCCGAGUCCACAGGGCAUUUACGCGGGAGGUAACAAAGAGAAGCUGGAAGCUUGGAGAAACAGCAAGUUAUUUUUUCAGAGGACGUAGAGAUGCCAUUACGUACACUGCAGUCAUUUCUUACACUAUCAUGUACAGAUUCCCACACCUCGGGACUGAGCUGCCUUGAGGCCUCUUCUGUACUCACCUCAGCCUCCUGCCAGACGUUUUGGAGGCUACUGCCUGCCCACCGGUGCACACGGCUACCCCUGUGCUUCUUGUGGCUCCAGGCAGCUCCGCGGACAUGCACCCCGGCAAGGCAGCAGAAGGGCUGAUACGUCGCGAGACAGCGAGCAGAAGCCUCACGCCGCCUGUCGAAAGGAGGGUGCUGCCACCACAGAGGGGCUUUCAGGGAGUGCGCUCAGCGUUUCACCGGCAGAGCAGUUCUUCUGGCCAAACCUCAUAGCAUGGAUUGGGUCGAAGUCAUUCGACAGCAGAAGAGCCGGCUCUCAGGUUUUCUUUCUGUGACAUGCAGAAAGGCUCCUCGUGUCACUAUGUGGGAGCCAGCCAGUGGGAUCAAUCAACUGCUUCAAUGUUUCAGUAGCUACCUUCUAGCAUCGAGCAACCUCCUACCAGGUCACCUUGCCAGGUAUACUGGCCAGGUCGCAUGCAAAUGGUGAAGCGGAAAAUGAAUCUAUGCCACACGCAGUGUUAUGGUCCUCUGCCCUCCUUGGCCUCACUGAAUAGGAGAAAGAGCUUUGUACCUGUAUAGGGAAGAAAUAGUCUGAUAGUUGGAAACCAGCCUCACAAUUAGUUUGUGACUAGGGUCUGGUUGAUUGCUCCCUCGGUUCUCUCUCACACUUCUGCCAGUAGUGCCCUUGGUAUCUGCCACCAUAUUCACAAAUGUUGCUUUAGUUCAUGUAUAGCUCAGGCAUUUUUCUGCCCUUGUAUUUGCAAGCUAUACACCUUACGUUAUCAUGCAUAUCAUCUGGGUAUGUACACAUUUCUCUUUUUUGGGCACCCAAUAAAGUUUUCACCCCCUGAUGGUA